CCCCUCCCUUCUAAAACUUCAUUGGCGGUGUGUUGUUUGUUGUGAUAGAAGCAAGGUGUGAAGAGGCUUCCACUCGUCUGCAUCAAACCGUUAUUGGCAUUACUGAUCCCACUAGGGGAGUCCAUUUUUGUGGGGGUAUCGAACCGAAAAAGGGAGCACCAUGGCGAAAGGCAGGUCAAGAGCAGCUGCUCCAACUUCUUUCAAGGAGGAGAAGAAGAAGCCAGUCAAGGCCAAAGCUGCUACUUUAGUGAAGUGCCAGCCUUACAAGAUCCGUCCCACGCGAGCGGCGGCUCCAUCUUCCUUCAAGGAGAAAAAGAAACCCGCUCCUGCUGCAGCCAAGAAGAAACCUGCUCCAGUAGUUGCUCGAAAGAGGUUUACACCUCCCAGAAAGGCAGCUCAACCUCCUCCUGCUACUAAAUUCAUGACAUGUCCCGAAACGGGAGAGCGAGUGUUUGUGGGCACUGUCACUCUAGCCGAUAUGAAAAAGCCUCCCAAAGGAGAAAAGCGCAAGAUUCUAUUCAAAGUUCCCAGUGCCAAGAUACGGCAAACUCUAUACGAUGAACUGGCAUUAUGUUUGGACGAUCGCGAGACGCGGCUCUUGCCCAAGUACGGGGGACGUCCCUGGAGUAUCAUUUGCCGUGUCACUGACAACGCCAAUGCGGGUUCUCCCUUUUUCCGUUGGUUCCGAGGAAAGCUAGAACUUGCGGUGUUGCCACAUUUGUUGGAAAAAAUCCCGGAUCCACCCAAGUUUCCCGGAUAUGAACAGACUGCCGAGGGCGUCCGUCGACUCCGGGAUGCCCAAGACUCGGAUGCGGAGGAAGAGCCGGAAGAAGAGUAUGACAAUUUGACAGAGGAAGAAGUCCAGCGAAUGGAAUCACUAGUAGGCAGGGAAGUCUCGGCAUUGUCACAGGU